ACAUGGAUGACAAUUUAAGCACAAAAUCUUCCGAAUCAUCUAUUACAACCAGUGGAGAAUAUGAAAUUGUUACCGAUAGUAAUGUAACAUCACCAUUGGAGCAGCCAUCAUUGGAUAUUGCCAAUAAUCGUAAUAUUUCCGAUAUACAAAAUGCCAUGACGGAUGCAUUAAAAGAAUUGGAAUUGGAUAAAUCGGUUGAGGGUGGCUCGAGCGGAACCGCAGCGGCAGCAGCAAUUAGCGCUAAACAAAAAUCAUUAACACUACCCCUAACGGGUACAACAAGUCCCGCGUUAAUGGUACCUCAGCAAUUGGAUAAAUCUCAAGAUAAUGCCACAAUGAAAACAAAAGCAUUGGUCAAUCAUUUGAGUGGUGGUGGUGUUGGUGGAAAUAAUGCCACCAGCAGCAGUACACCAACACCUAAGAGUGAGGAUUCUACAUCGGAUUUGAAUCGUGUGGGGCAAUCGGUAUUCUAUGAUUGUACAGAUGCUUUGGGUGAAAGGGUAAAAGGUGAUGGUGCCGAUUUGGAUGAGAAACAGGAUAUUAUGAAACCCGAAAAGAAUGAUACCGACGAUGAUAUUUCAGAAAUUGAUCAAGGCUGUACCAUUUUUUCGGGUGUUACAUAUUUGGGUGCAGCCAACAUCAAUGCACCCAAAUCGGAAACGGAUGUUUAUCGCAUCAUGAGCGAACUAAAUAGUGGCACUUCGACUGAUGGCCUUAAAAUAUCCAUUAGCAUUCCGAAUUGUUCGGAUGGUUUGGUUGUUCUACAUGAUGCCGAAACAAAUUCCAUCAUACAAACCUAUGAAGUACAAAGUAUAAUUCUAUAUUUUCGUGGUCCGAUUGAAACUGUCGAACAUGGAUGUUUUGCUUUUACCUGGUUGCAUGGUGAAUCGUUGUUUCAGUGUCAUGUCUUUCGUUGCCAUAUACCGGAAGCCGUUAAUCAAGUUAGUGCUUGCUUCCAAAAAGCUUUCCAAACCUAUCCGCCCAGCAUGACCUGUAGUCUGAUCUCGGCCACCGAAAAUAAUAUGAUGAAUUCCAUUACUUCCGAUAUAAGUGGUAAUCCUUUGAAUACGGCCGGUUAUGAAUUCCAUGUAUCACUUGAAAUAAGAGAAAAAGUCGCUAAAAACUCAUAUGCUCCGGUACCACGAGAUCGUGGUACAUUUAAGCUACGAGCUAAUACAGAUAAAGAAGUUUAUAUAACAGUAAAGCAGACACCGUCGACGGUAUUGCAGCCUCUAUUUAUAGAUCGAUGUUUUGGGGUACUUUUAAGUCCCGGCAAAUUGGUGAGACAAGCUGAUAUGCGUUUAAUCGAUAUGAUCUCUAUGGGUUAUGUACAGCAGCAACCGGCCUCCUCGAAUAACAGCAGUGGUGGUGGUGCUGGCGAUGCUCCUCCACCAAUUACACCUUUGUGUUUAAAUCCCUAUCACAUACAAGCCGAAUGGAAGGCAAGCGAAAAGGCAUUUGAUCAACUAAAUGUUGAGACUUCGAAAACGUUUCUAACUGUGGCCGUUGACAUUGUUAUGCGUGGCAUACAAGAGCCCGUGCGAUUUGUUAUUGAGACACCCGUUCAAAUACAGUCAGCCGGGGAGUUACGUAUUAUGGAUCAUUUCAUCUCCAAACGUCCCAUGACAUUACGUUUCUAUUUACACUUAAAACGUACAACGGAUGAAUUUAGCUGGAAAGUAAGCUCUAUUGAUCCCGCCGAAGAAAUCGUCGAACAGCCCCAGCAAAGUUCUUCUUCAUCUUCGUAUUUAUUGAAAAUUGGCAUGAAUAAUUUAUCGCGUAUUGUUCGUUCUUCGUCGAUAGCAUCGAUUGAAGAUGAUUGUCCUACCGAUUCGGAAGAUAUGUCGGAUGGUGAUGAACCAUUGCUAAGCGGUACCGGUGAAGUACCAAGAGAUUGUCCUCAAGAUACACUUGAUGAAUGGGAUCCAGUUCUCAGGGAAUGGGAUGGUGAGAAGAGACCUAAAAAUUUGCCACCACUAGUUAGAUUGGGUAUACCCGAAGCUAUGCGUGAAAUGAUAUGGAAAAAACUGGCUGGCAUUGAAUCGAAAACUGAAAUGCUUGAUAUGUAUAAGAUUUUAAUCACCAAAGAAACCAAAUGUGAGACUGUUAUACUACGUGAUAUACAUAGGACAUUUCCAGCUCACAAAUGUUUCAGGGAGACAGGAGGAUCUGGUCAAGACGCCCUCUUCAAAGUAUCCAAAGCCUAUGCUGUGUAUGACAGCGAAGUUGGCUAUUGUCAGGGUUUGAGUUUUAUUGCCGCCAGUUUACUUUUGCACAUGCCCGAAGAGGAUGCUUUUUGUGUAUUGGUGACAUUAAUGUACGAUUAUGGUUUGCGCGAUCUAUACAAGCAAGGCUUUGAAGCGCUAUAUUUACGACACUAUCAACUGGAACGUUUGAUCAAAGAUCAAUUACCCAAAUUACAUGAACAUUUUGUAAAUUGUGGCAUAGAGACGCAUAUGUACGCAUCCCAAUGGUUCCUCACACUAUUCACUGCACGCUUCCCAUUGUGCUUUGUAUUUCAUGUACUCGAUGUAUUUCUAUUGGAUGGCAUUAAUGUUCUAUUUCAAGUUGCCCUGACCCUGUUAUCGAUAUGUGAAAAUGAUCUGCGGCAAUUGGAUUUCGAGGGCAUAUUGAAAUAUUUCCGCGUUACAUUACCGAAAAAAUGUCGUAGCCCCAGUCAGGCACGGCGUAUUAUGAAAAUUGCAUGUGAACGUAAAAUUAAAAAAUUAAAAAUAUACGAAGAUGAAUUUAAGCUACAGAAACAAGAUAAGGAACGUUUAGAGAAGGAGUCACAAUUGUAUGAGAAUCGUUUCGGUGCCGAAAGGCGUAAAUUACAAAGUGAAAUAAAUGAGUUACAACAGAAAUUGGCCGAGGCCAAUGAACGUGCCAUUGAACGGGAAAAGAAACACACAAAUAUUAUACAGGAUUAUAAACAGAUAAUACAGCGGCUGGAACAGGAUAUGACCACGAUGAAUGAGACAUUGGGUAAUUUAAUGAGCACCGUUGCCAAAUGUGAAAAUUGUUCCAAACACAUUGAAAAGGAUAUACACGCCAAUAACGCUAUAAAUCCCACAAUGUCGUCCAGCACCAGUAACGACAAUCGAUCGCCAACAACAAAUAUGAAUACAAAUGCAAAUGAGGCCACAUUGGGGCCAUUGGAUCCACUUAAUGCAGCUCUACAGCAUAUACGUGAACUAGAAUUGGAAUUGGCACAAGCCAAGCUGGCUCAAGUUGAAGCCGAAUGUAAAAAUCAAGAUUUAAAUCAUCAACUCAGUACGACAAUUACCGAGAUGCAAUCGAAUCGUAACAGUUGGCAGCCAUGGUUUUCGAAGACAUUAAAUACUCUGCAGGAGAAGGUGACGCCACGUAAUAAUCGUGAACAGCAAGCUUCGUUUCAAUCGUAUAUGUCCUCGGCUACGGGUAGUGAAACAAAUUCACCCUCUGGACAUCAGGAAUUCAAGGCAUUCUCUGUGAGUAAUUCACCCAAGCUACCAUCAAAAUUCCAGGCGGCUCGUUUGCGCAACAGUAUUGAUAGUUUACGUAAUAUAAUGGUGGUACCAUUGGAAAAUACUGGGAAACAUCUCUUGAACGAGACAUUAAAACAGCAACAACCACAAGCGCAAACUCAACAACUACAGUAA